GGAAGAGAAGGAUUCUUAUACAUAUUGGAAGCCGGGGCAGGAGAAGGGAAAGGCUUUGAUGGAGGGGGCUUUAAGGCAGCGUACUUUCACCAAUGGAGUUCAAAGCUUCAAUGGCAAGCAGUCAUCAGGAUUUUUCAGAAAAACAUCUUUUAGACAAAGGCUAUCAUUGCUAGCUGGUGAUGUGUGCCCCAUGGUCAAUUUAGAACUGCCACAAAUGAGGGAAAAUAACAAGUUUCAUGUAAAGGUUUCUGCAGUUAGGAGGAGAAGGGCGUAUUUACAAUCCGAUACUUAUGUUUUGCUAGAACCUGGAAAAAGCGAAGAAUUCGUUUCAGAGGAUGAACUUAGGGUCAGGCUGAAGGGCUGGCUGGAAAAUUCGCCUGGCAAUGUCUUGCCACCUGAUCUUGCCAGGUUCGAUAGCAUUGAUGCUGCCGUUUCUCACCUUGUGAGGUCUGUUUGUGAGCUUGAGAUUGAUGGCGAGGUUGGCUCCAUACAAUGGUACCAAGUUCAGCUGGAAUGAGAGGGCCUCUAAAGCGUGUCAUUAACUUGCUAGAAUUGGGGGAAAGAUCCUUUCAGGUCAGCAUUCUUGUAAAUUCAUUAAAGAAUUUCCAAUACAUGUAUGAAAGCUCAUGCAAUCAACAGAGGUAGCAACGGACCUUUUGGGUCUUAUGCGUCAUAAAGUAAUAUGGUUAUAGCUGUAAGUUGCGCAAGAUGCAAAAUACAAUUGUUUCUUUCCUUUUUUGAUUCAUUUAUAUUCUGCAAGCUUUAUUGCCAUUA